GUUCAAAUAUUUGAAUUCAUCAUCAGUAUUUCAAUUUCAUCAAUUCUAUUUCCAAUUUGUGUUUGUGUAAGUGUAAUUCUUGUGAUUGUGCUCCAUGUCAUUGUUAUCUGUCAUGUGUGUGUGUGUGUGUGUGUAAUAUUCAAUGGUGAAUGAGAAAAAAUAGAAUCAUUCAAAAUCUACAAAAAAAUAUUUUUGACCUUUUCCACUUUAAUAUUGUGUUAUGAUUGUGUUUGUGGUCAAAUUGUUCAUUAGAAAAACUCAUCACAUAUAAUUGAUCAUCAUCAUAACGAAAAAAAAAUUGUGGCAGAAAUUCGAGCAUCAUUACCACACCAUUGCACAGCAUUAUUAUAUCUGUAACAUAUAAAAAAAUUGCAUUACGUAUAUGGCCGUACAACACUUUGGAUUUUUUUCAUAAUCAAUCAUUGAUAUGGCCAAAAAAAACGAGUCAAAAACGAAUGAAUUCAAAUCAAUGGCCAAUGCACAAAAAUAAUCACAAAUGAAUCGAUCAGAUAAAAUCAUAAGCAAACAAUAAAACAACGACGACGACAACAACAAAGAUUGAACAAGAUGUUGUUACUAUCGUCAAAUCGUGUUCAUUCAUUAAGAUCACAUCAACAACAACAAUUUCGACAAUGUAUGAUGCCCAAUACGAUUGUAUUAUUACAAAGAUGGACUAGAUUGUUGGAUUGUGUUAAUCGUUUGAAAAUCUAUUACAAUGAAAUGAUGUCUUAUAAAAGUAGUUUGACAAUACGACCAUGUGAUUUUUAUUCUUUUUGUUAUUGGUGUUGGUGUUUUAUAUUAUUUCUGCCAUUAAAAUUCUUUAUUAUGACCAUAGUGAUUCCAUUUCUUAUAUUAUUGUUGUUGUCAAACAAAUCAAGGACAAAUCGUUAUACAUUUAUAAAUUGUUCAUUGUUAAUCAUUUUCAUAUUGCUCAGCAUCUUCUUUAACAGUGUUAAAGUGAAUAAUUUUCAAAUAACAAGAUCUUCGUCCAAACAUUUGAAUUAUUUAUUAUCAAAUAAUAAACAUCGUUACAAUGAAGAAUAUAAAUCCUUUCGAUCAUCAUCAUCACCAUUGCUUGCGGCACAUAUUGGACAGCCAUUUUCAUCAACAUCAUCAAGCAUUGAACUGAUAGACAAAAAUAAUCAUCAUAAUUACAAUAAUCAUCAACAUAAACAUAAAAACAAUCAUCACUAUAUGAUUACCUCGAAUAUACAUGUGAAUCGACCUUAUGAACUUGCCCAAACCAAAUGUAUAGCUCGUUGUAAUUGUAAAUGGCGUUCGGGUAAGAUGUGGGUCGAAUGUCCCGAAGCAAAUCUACAUCACGUACCGAAAGGAAUUGAUUCCGGUACACAAGUGCUAUAUUUAUCGGGAAAUCCGCUCAGUAAACUUGAGGCACGUGCAUUUGAGCGAGUCGAACUUCGAAAUAUACAACGUCUUUAUUUAGAGAAUUGUCGAUUGAAUGAUAUACACAUUGAUGCAUUUCAACAACUAACCAAUCUAAUCGAGCUUGACUUGGCUCACAAUGAGCUUGUAAAUCUGCCUACAAAUUCAUUGGUCCAUUGUCCAAUAUUGAGGAAAUUGAGUUUAGCUCACAAUCAUAUACGAAUCGUGCCCAAUGCCGCCUUCAAUAAUCUAAUACAUUUACAAUCAAUCGAUUUCAGCGCAAACGGAAUUGAAAUAAUCGAAGAAAAUGCAUUCUAUGGAUUGAAGAAUUUAAAACAGCUGUACCUCCAUGAAAACAAAUUGAGAUACAUUGAUGGACAGAUAAUGAAAAGUUUACCCGCUGUUUAUGAGCUAACAUUACAUCAUAAUCCAUGGCAUUGUGAUUGUGGCCUACGAACAUUUCGUAAAUGGAUGAUUGAACAUCGUAUACCAUUAUCGUAUUCACCUAAUUGUACAUUACCGGAACGUUUAUUUGGUAAAAGUUGGAAUCAAUUGGAAUUGGAUGAAUUUGCCUGUCCACCGAUUGUUGUUUCAAUCGAUACCGAAGUUGUUGUUUAUGAAGGUGAAAAUGCUUCAAUUGGUUGUGUAAUGGAAGCCAUACCAAAUGUACAAAUCGAAUGGGAAUGGCGUGGCCGUACAAUACGUAAUAUGUCAUUAAUGACAUUUGGUCGUCAAAUGUAUCUAAUACGUGAAAGUUAUAGCCCAUCCGGUGUUAUGAUGUCAUUAUUACCGGUUGGUGAUGGUGAUAAUUCACAAUUAGAUCUUAUUACCGAUGAUGAUCAUCAGCAACAACAACAACAACAACAACAGCAACAGCAACAAAAGUUAUUAUUAACAUCUGGUGAUCAUCAUCAUGAAUCUAUCAUGAUACCAUCAACAGAAUCUACUAGUUUUGAUCGACAACAUCAUCAUCGAGUUCAUCGAUCCAAUUUGAAUUCAAACGUUGAUCCAAUGUCUACAUUUUUAUCAUCAACAACAUCAGAAUCAUCAUCAUCAUCAUCAUCGAAAACGUCCAUAACAUCAGAGACCACUUAUAAACGCACAAGUACUUUAUACAUAAUGAACGCUUUGGAAAAGGACAGUGGAAGUUAUGUAUGCACUGGUUACAAUAAAGCUGGUACCGUUUCGGCUAAUGUCACAUUGACUGUCCUAAGACGAUUAGAGGUUACCGCUGCUGCUUAUUCAGGCCAAGAAGUUGCUGGAAUUGUUAUUGGUGCAUUAUUCAUUUUUCUACUCAUUUUAAUAUCAAUAUUUUCUGUUGUAUUACGGUCAAGAAAAUUAUUACAUUUUCGUACAACAACCACCACCAACAAUGGUCAAUCAACAAAUAGUAAUGCUAAUAGUAAUCAAACAAUACUCGGUUCAACAACGGUCACAUCCAACAAUAAUAAUUCAUAUCAUAAUGGCGCAAAUGGUAGAAUUCUCAAUGGACAUAUACAAACAACAACAACAACAACACCAACAACAGUAUCUAUACCGAAUGGUACAUUGAAAAGAAAUUCCAGCGGCAAUGCAAACAACAACCACAUCGACAAUAACAACAGCAAUCACAUUUUAUCAACAGCCACAAAUAAAAAUAUGACCAAUAAUGAAUCGAAUAAAAUGAAUAAAGCCAACUUGAUAGUGGCUAUGAAUCAUAAUGAUGAUUCAAUGAAAACGAAUAAUAAUAACUCUUUGGUUCAUCAUCAAUACGUUGUGAUGCCUGAUAAUAAUCAAAUUAAGAAUAGUAAUAAUGAUAAGAUAAACAUCAUAAACAAUCAGCUAGCUGAACAAAUUGAAAUGUGUGAUUAUUCUUCGGUCAAUACGGCAGAAAACGUUAACAACAAUAAUAAUCAAUUCAUAAAUCAACAACAACUACCAAUGUCCAUGUCGAUUGAUAUGAAAAAUUUAACACAAGCAUCUUGUACAGGAGGAGGAAUUCGAACCGCAUUGUAUGGCAAUCAUAACAAUGUUAAAUUUUCGCCACAAGAACGCUUUUUUCAUAGUGGCCAUAAAAGUCCAGUUAUAUUCAACCAACAAUAUGAUGAUGCUAUUAUUUCCAAAAGAAAUAUCAAUCCAAAUUCACCAUUUAAUGUUAAAAUUGGAACUAUGUGUAAUAUGCGUUCGACGAAUCCAUACAAUACAUUGGAUUCUCAUUAUAAUCACAUACAAACUGCUACUAUUGGUCAUCAUAAUCCUAGCCAUUCCAUGAAUAAUAAUAGUGCCAAUUUUCAUUUUAAUCCAUAUACAGCCGAUGUCAACGGUCAUCAUCAUGAAAUAGCAUUUUUUGAAUCAACCAUAGCCAAUGCCCAUUCCGGUGGCUCAUUGUUAACGACGACAGCGAAAAACCCUUAUGGACAAAUACAACCGACAACUCGUUUUUCGUAUGAUGUCAGAAAUAAUGAACAAAUGUUGAUGAAUCGACGUAUCGAUAGUUCUAGUCCAUAUAGUGAAUUGAUACUGCAGAACAUGAUAAAUCAAAAUAAUCAUUCACUAUUCGACCAUCAACGACAUGUGGCUGCUUCUGUGGCCGUCGUUGAAGAAUUACAAACACGAUUUGCUACAACUGCUACAAAUGAGGCUGUAGUUUGCCAAAUGAAGCGUAACAAUAGUAUGGAUUCAUCGCCAUCACAAGGAACUGUAGCAACAACAAUGGCACCAUCAUCAUCAUCAUCGACAACAUCAUCGGGUCAAGUUGUUCGAUUUGCCAAUACACCAAUUGUAUACAAUUAUUCUACAUCAUCUAGUACAAUCAAUAAACAGGCAAGCCCAUUGAAUCGUAUCAAAAAUGAUGGCUUGAAUCCAUUGAUGGCCAGAGAUUCACCUGAUGAAGGAUUGGGCGAAGAGACCGAAUGAUGAAUCUCUUUUCCAUCCAUCUUUUUUUUAUCGAUUUGUGUCUAAAAAAUUAUUCUGUAAAUAACACUUUUAUUUUCA